AUGACUUUGCCAAUGAUCACAUCUACAGAGAGCACAACCACCACACCAAAAAGCUCUUCUACAGACAGCACAACAAUGAUGACUUCACCAACGAUCACCUCUACAGACAGCCCAACAACCACGAUCUUGCCAAUAAGCACACCUACAGACAGCACAACAACCACAUCACUAACGAGCACAUCUACAGACAACACGACAAUCAUGGCGAGCACAUUUAUAGACAGCAUAUUAGCCACGACUUCGCCAAUAAGCACCCCCACAUCUACAACCAGGUCAACCACCAUGACUACAAGCACCCCCACAUCUACAACCAGGUUAACCAGCACGACUUCAAGCCCGAGCACUUCUACAACCAGGUCAAGCACCACGACUUCAAGUCCGAGCACGUCUACAACCAGGUUAACCAGCACGACUUCAGUGCCUGUAGAUGUAACUGCAGUUUUUGACUUGACCUUCCGCAUUGAUGAAACAUUUGAUCCAGCACUGGUCAAUACCAACUCUCCCCAGUUUGCAGCAAAAGCUAAAACAAUCCGCAGUCAGAUUGAACCUUUGUACUCCAAAACCUUUAAAAACUUCAAAAACAUGGAAAUUUUACGAUUAAGGAAGGGUUCUACUGUAGUAGAAAGCAACAUCUACUUUAAUUCUAAUGGACCAAAUGUUACUACAUCCGAAGUGAAAAGAACUCUUCUCAAUGGACUUAGUAACUUGGAUUUUAUUGUUAUUCCAAACUCCAUCGAUCUCACUCAGACAUUUGGUAAUUCCAUGCCACCAGUGAUCGCCAGCUCACUUUCCAUGAUCUGGAUGUGUCUUUUAUCUCUCCUGCUGUCACUAGUAUUACAUUUCUAGCUCUAGGCCUUAUCAUUAAGCAUGACCAAUAAUUAAUAUAUGUAUUUAUAAGAUAAAGGGGAUAUGGGAAAAUUAUUCUGUAUUAUCAGUAAUAAUUAUAAACACUGUUUGAAUUAAAGUUUUGCAGGAAAUAAUCAUACUUUAUGUCUACACUUUAAUAAUAUAGACAAUCUUUCCCAUAUGUGGGUAUUUGUCUAUCAGACAAAUUUUCUCCAAACCUUUGGGAAAAAAACUGGAAGCAUUUACAAAGAAAAUAAUUGUAUAAGCUACUGAAAUAGCUUGUUUGGGCUUUCUUUCCA